AUGAGCUGCGCCUCGGGGAGCGUCGUGCUUCCUGCCGGGGAGCCGCCGCGAGCCGCCGCCGCCCCGCUGGAGCUGGCGGCCGGGGCGGGGGAGGCGAGCGGGGACACCCCCGAGGAGGGCGAGGGCCCGAGGGGCGGCUCGGGGAGCGGGGCCGCCGGCGGCGACAAGCCCGAGACGCGCUCGGUGUGCAGCAGCAGCGAGAGCGGCAGCGGCGGCCACGCCGGCGGGGCCGGCCCCAUCUGCAAGAUCUGCUUCCAGGGCCCCGAGCAGGGUGAAUUGUUAAACCCUUGCCGCUGCGAUGGCUCAGUGCGAUACACGCAUCAGCUUUGCCUUUUAAAGUGGAUAAGUGAAAGAGGGUCAUGGACCUGUGAACUCUGCUGUUACAGAUACCAUGUUAUAGCCAUUAAAAUGAAAAAGCCUUGUCAGUGGCAAAGCAUUACUAUAACACUGGUUGAGAAAGUGCAGAUGGUUGCUGUAAUCCUAGGAUCACUGUUCUUAGUAGCAAGUGUGACUUGGCUUCUAUGGUCAGCCUUCAGCCCUUAUGCAGUAUGGCAAAGAAAGGACAUCCUUUUUCAAAUCUGCUAUGGAAUGUAUGGUUUUAUGGAUCUAGUAUGCAUAGGACUGAUAGUCCAUGAAGGUGCAUCUGUUUAUCGAGUGUUUAAGCGCUGGAGGGCUGUGAAUCUACACUGGGAUGUGUUAAAUUAUGACAAAGCCAUGGACAUAGAAGAGAGCAAUCGAGGAGAAUCCUCAGCAGGGAGGACAUUGUGGCUGCCACUGACUGCAUUUAGAAACAGAAGUUUAGUUCAUCCAACACAGUUAACCUCACCGAGAUUUCAGUGUGGCUAUGUGUUGUUACACCUGUUCAACCGCAUAAGACCUCAGGAGGAUUCAUCAGAGGAUAACUGCUCUGGGGAAGUAGUGAUGAGAGUGACCUCAGUGUAA